CUUACAUUCUAAAUUAUGAAACCUGUUUGUGGAUCAGCAGAAAGUAAAUCUACAAAUGAUACCAGUAGAGACCAACCAACAGCUCCAGUAGUCUCAUCUACUACCACCAGUAAUGCAGAAAGUAAUUCAUCCACUUCUAAGCUUGAGGAAGAGCUUAAAGUUGCUUCUAGGCUACGAAAAUUUACAUUUAAUGAUCUGAAGUUGGCAACACGAAAUUUUAGGCCUGAGAGUCUUCUUGGAGAAGGUGGCUUUGGUUGUGUUUUCAAGGGCUGGAUAGAAGAAAAUGGAACUGCUCCUGUUAAACCUGGCACGGGGCUUACUGUUGCUGUUAAAACCCUUAACCAUGAUGGUCUUCAGGGCCAUAAAGAAUGGCUGGCUGAAGUGAAUUUUCUAGGUGAUCUCGUCCAUGUUAACUUGGUUAAAUUAAUUGGUUAUUGCAUUGAAGAUGAUCAAAGGCUGCUAGUAUAUGAGUUUAUGCCCCGGGGAAGCUUGGAGAACCACCUUUUCAGAAGGUCCUUGCCACUUCCAUGGUCCAUAAGAAUGAAAAUUGCACUAGGUGCUGCAAAAGGUCUUGCAUUUCUACACGAAGAAGCUGAAAGGCCUGUGAUUUAUCGUGAUUUCAAGACCUCCAACAUCCUAUUAGAUGCAGACUACAAUGCCAAGCUUUCCGAUUUCGGACUUGCGAAAGAUGGUCCUGAGGGAGAUAAAACCCAUGUAUCAACCCGUGUGAUGGGAACUUACGGCUAUGCAGCACCAGAGUACGUAAUGACUGGACAUCUUACAUCAAGGAGUGAUGUCUACAGUUUCGGUGUGGUUCUACUUGAAAUGCUGACUGGCAGGAGAUCUAUGGACAAGAACCGACCUAAUGGGGAACAUAAUCUUGUUGAGUGGGCUCGGCCACAUCUAGGAGAGAGAAGAAGAUUUUACAGAUUGAUUGACCCUCGUCUUGAAGGUCACUUUUCCAUCAAAGGUGCCCAGAAAGCUGCCCAGUUGGCUGCUCACUGCCUCAGUCGGGAUCCAAAAGCCAGGCCCCUCAUGAGUGAAGUUGUUGAAGUCUUGAAGCCUCUGCCCAAUCUUAAGGACAUGGCAAGCUCAUCAUAUUAUUUCCAGACCAUGCAAGCUGAGCGAAUAGGCUCGAGUCCCAAUACCAGAAACGGCUUGCGAAGUCAGGCCGGAUCACUUUCAAGAAAUGGGCAGAGAAGCCUUUCUAUACCGAAUGGUUCGCAUGCUUCUCCAUAUCACCAUCAGUAUCCCCAUCAAUCACCAAAACCCAAUGGCAAACAAUAGGAUUGGGUUGGUUCUCUCCUUUCUGACCCCAUUUUCUUCAUUUAUUUCUAUUCCCCCCUUUUUCACUCGGUAUAGAUGUAAUUUGUGUCAAAGCAUUUGUUCUUGGACAACUGAGAAAGCAACAGAAAAACGUGCUUUAUGUUGUGUUUUUGGAGUGUUGGCCUCCAAGUAGGGGAGAAUAUCAAGGCAGGUUAAGCUUACGGAGCAAAAUGUCUAAUGGCAACCAUAUGUUGCUUUAAUCUAUUUGGAAAUAUUAAGGAAAUGUUUUCCUCUCAUUCCCUCUUUCCAUUUUGCUGUCAGUUUGAUCUCUGGU